AUGAAAAACAGGACCGCAUUUACUGAGUUUAUCUUGCAGGGUCUCACAAAUCAACCUGAACUCCAAGUGGUGAUAUUCAUCUUUCUGUUCCUUGCCUACCUGCUAAGUGUCCUAGGGAACCUAACCAUCAUCAUACUGACUCUGGUAGACCCUCAACUUAAGACUCCUAUGUAUUUCUUCCUCCGGAAUUUCUCCUUCUUAGAAGUUUCUUUCACAUCCAUUUUUAUCCCCAGACUUUUGACCAGCUUGGUAACAGGAAAUAAAGUCAUCAGCUUUGCUGGCUGCUUGACUCAGUAUUUUUUUGCUAUUAUGCUUGGGGGGACAGAGUUUUACCUCCUGGCUUCUAUGUCCUAUGACCGCUACGUGGCCAUCUGCAAACCCCUGAACUACCUGACCAUCAUGAGCAGCCGGGUCUGCAUACUACUCGUGUUCUGCUCCUGGCUGGGGGGACUCCUGUCCAUCUUACCCCCCUUCAUCAUGGUGAGACAGAUAGAUUUCUGUGCCUCCAAUGUGUUGAAUCAAUAUUACUGUGACUUUAGACCCUUCCUAAAGAUCGCCUGUUCAGACACACAACUCCUAGAAUUAGUAGUCAUCUUCCUAGCUCUUUUGACUCUGGUGGUUACCCUGGUGCUAGUGACACUUUCCUACAUAUACAUUAUCAGGACUAUCCUGAGGAUCCCUUCUGCUCAGCAAAGGACAAAGGCAUUUUCCACUUGUUCCUCCCACAUGAUCGUCAUCUCCCUCUCUUAUGGCAGCUGCAUCUUCUUGUACAUUAACCCAUCACCAAAGAAAGAAGGUAACUUUGACAAGGAAAUAUCUUUGCUCAUGACUUCAAUUAGCCCCUUGUUGAACCCCUUUAUUUAUACUCUAAGGAAUCAUCAGGUGAAGCAAGCAUUUAAGAACACAGUACAAAAAAUUAUAAAGUUUUAA